CCUCCGCCCUGUUUUGCCAUCAUCACCCACACACAACCCACUUAUCCUCAAACAUCACCUUCAUCAUCCUCCCUCUCUCUCUCUCUCUACUAUUAUUCUCUGCUACUCUCGCAACCCUUUACUCCUUCAGUGGUCUCUCUUUACACCAGAGACCUCUGUUGGAUGCUUUGUUUCUCUGAAUCUCUGAUCAGCUAACACUCGCACAAGCUCCUUCGAAUCUUAGCUGAUUCAGGGAGAUAGGUUCUCUGAGCAAGAGCCUAACUCGCUCGCCAUCUUCUCUUUUCAUGAUGAAGAAGACUAUGGAGCAAGAGGUGGUCACUGAGAAGCAAGGGAUCGUCACCGUUCUCGGUCCGUCAGACUCUGAAAGAACCAAAGCCGCUUCCUUGCGGCGAACACUGUCCGCGGACAUGUCGUCCAAGAGAUGGCUGGCUCAAAAUGGUUUCUCUCCCAUGAAGAAGAUUGCGUCAUCCGAAGAACUCUGCGGAUCCGCAGACAUGCGGGACAAUUCAUCUUCAUCGUCCGAAGACGAAGAUCAUUACCAAGAUCAAAGGAAGGCCAAAUUCCAUACUUGGAGCUCAAUUGAUGAGCAAGCUCAAAGGCAAAAAAACAAAGCCGAAGCUGCAAAGCAGCAGCCGGGACAAGCCGAUCUUUGGAGCUCGAUUGUAUGUCAAAAGGCCAACGAAAAAGAGGCGAGCAAAGUGGCUACUGCAGCGCCUUAUGUUCAUCCUCUUGUGAAGAAACAAUCGAGCGCUUUGACUAAGAAGAGUCUUGAAGUUUGCACUGAAAGUCUUGGAUCCGAGACUGGCUCUGAAGGGUUUUCUUCAUACCCUACUUCCGAGACCAGUGACAUAGAAGUAGUGGAGAAAGAUCAGCAAGAAGACCAAGCCGUGGUUCAGCAACAAGAAGAAAAAGAAAAAGAGAAACCUCAGCGGUCAAAAGCAUUUGAUGAGAACGAAUUCCGAGCUGUCAAAUACAACUCUGCUGCUAGUAAGAAAUUGCCUUCAGCUCGAUCUUCCCCUCCACCUCUUUCGUCUUUAUCAGGAUGUGAUGGGGUAUCUGUUCACAUGAGGACUCAUCGCGACAACGGGCGACUAGUCCUUGAAGCGGUGUCUAUACCUUCUCCAAAUAACUUCCGUGCCGAACGCCAUGAUGGUCGCCUUGUCCUCACAUUUCUCAAUGCUACUCCUAGCUCUUGCGAGGCGCCUAAGUGUGAAGAGGUUGCUGAUGAAGAAGACAAAUUUAGAGAGGAAGAAUUCGAGGAGAAUGUGAACUUUGAGGAAGGAGAGGAGGAAAAAGAAAGCGAAAAAAGUGAUGGUGAUGAUGUUGAUGUUGAUGUUGAUGAGGAUCAGGACGAGGAGAAAGAAAGUGAUGAGGUUGAGAAAUUGACAAGUAGAGUGGCAAAUGUUCACAGUUUAGCAUUAAUGAUGAAUAAGCCGAUUGGGUUAGCCAAUAAGACUCAUGGGUGGACUAACAAGUUCAAUGAAGUAGUGAAAUAUGGAGGAGAUGAAGAGGAGGUUGAAGUAGUGGAACCAACCCCAAUUGCAAAGUCACUCCCUCCACGGCCUGGCCGCCUGGCUCGGUUGAUACCUAAGCCACUGGCCACCACAAAAACAGCGGCAGCAGCAGCCUCUUUCAACGCUUACGAGUACUAUUGGCGCACCAAGCCUACGACUGCCGCUCUCAACCCUCUUCCGCCACCAACGUCGCAGUCCCUAAAAAACAAUGGCUUUAUGUCCAAGAAUCAGUUGGCAAAUGAGCGGCAACAAUUGCUUGUCUUGAGAGGGAACAAAGGGGAUCAUUUGCUCCCCUUUUCAAAGGGUUGCAAAGAGCCUAGAAGAUCUCUUCUAUUUUGGGAGCCUUAUUGCAUUGCCACCUCUUGAUUAUCCAACUCCUCAUAGUCCAAGUGAUAAUCCAAAUCCUUUACUACUCACUACCCAUUAUUAAUCUGCUCGAUCGCUCCGUCGUUCGCUUUCUCGUCCCCUCCAUUCUUUAGGGUUUGUGUAGUCAAAUAAAAGGAAACACACACAAGGGAGGGAAAACUCUUGAUUUAGAAGAUCAAACUACGAUCUCAGAGAAAGAAAAAGAGAAGAUUUCAACAGUGCGUGUCACAUGUAUAAUUUAUAUAAAAUCGCACUGUUACAGUAGCUACAACAAAAUCUUGGUGUCAUCUUUGACUUGUCGGACUGUCUUGUCUUUCUAUGCAUUAUAUGCGGUUUGUCAUCAACUUUAUUUGCUUUUAUAAAACUUAAGCCAAUGAGAUUUUAAUA